AUAUGCGUGUAGGUGUAUGGCUAAAUGUAUAGGCUACUGUGACUUUAAAGGGGUGUUGGUUCUCUGAGAGGUAACAGAUAGGUUUGAUUUAGUCGCUAAGAGUACACCGUGCAUCUCGGAGCCUCUCUGGCUUUUAAACCAGUGUUGUUGCUUCGCCUUAACGCUGUGCGUGCCAGCCGCUACGCCCUGCACCCGGAGCGAUGGGAGAGGCCGAGACGCGCCAGAAAUUGCUGCGCAAUGUGAAGAAAGAGGUGAAGCAAAUUAUGGAGGAGGCAGUAACGAGGAAAUUUGUGCACGCAGACAGCAGCCACAUCAUAUCCUUCUGUGCUGUAGUGGAGGCCUGCGUGCUUCAUGGACUGAAGCGUCGUAUUGCAGGUCUGCUGUGCACUAACAAGGUUGCGGCCCUCUUUAUGAAGGCAGCAAAGAGCUUCUCGCCCGCCGAGGAACUCUGUCACAAGGUGCAGGAGCUGGAGCAGCUGAUUGAAAACAGUAAGCAGAACAAUUCUUCACUGAGUAAUGACCGCAGUCGGCAGUCCAAGCUGGCCAACCUCCCUCCUCAGGCGCUGAAACACCUGUGGAUCCGAACUGCUUUGAUGGAGAAACUUCUGGACAAGAUUGUCCUGUACCUGGUGGAGAACAGCAGUGCCUACUAUGAGAAAGAAGCCAUGCUGAUGGAUCCUGUGGACGGACCAAUUCUUGCUUCUCUAUUGGUUGGCCCUUGUGCUUUGGAGUACACCAAAGUCAAAACGGCGGACCAUUUCUGGACGGACCCAUCUGCUGACGAGCUCGUACAGCGACAUCGCAUCCACAGCGGCCGCUGUCGGCAGGAUUCGCCCUCCAGGCGACCUGCGCUGAUCCAGAAGAGACAGUCCAGUGGUAGCAUGGAUGAUCGCCCUCUCAUGUGGGUAAAGGACUAUGUUGAAUCACUCCACCAAAACUCCAGAGCCACACUCCUGUUUGGAAAGAACAAUGUCCUCGUACAGCCCAGGGAUGACAUGGAGGCCAUCCCUGGUUACUUGUCACUACAUCAAACUGCAGACCUCAUGACUCUGAAAUGGACACCCAAUCAGCUCAUGAAUGGCAAUGUGGGGGAGCUAGAUUCUGAGAAAAGUGUGUAUUGGGAUUAUGCUAUGACAAUUCGUUUGGAGGAGAUUGUCUACCUUCACUGUCAUCAGCAAGUGAACAGUGGUGGAACAGUAGUUUUGGUGAGCCAGGAUGGGAUCCAGAGGCCUCCCCUACAUUUCCCCAAAGGAGGCCACCUCCUGCAGUUUCUCACCUGCCUAGAGACCGGCCUGCUGCCUCAUGGACAGCUGGACCCACCACUCUGGAAUCAGAGAGGAAAGGGAAAGGUUUUCCCCAAACUGCGAAAGAGGAGCCCACAUGGCUCAUGUGAUUCUGUAUCAGAUAAGGAAGACGAUGAGGCAACAGAUUAUGUGUUUCGAAUCCUCUUUCCUGGCAAUCAGAUGGAGUUCAUGGCCCUGGAGCUGAUGGACCAGGGUGUUAACAUGUGGCAGCCGACACCCAGAAAGUCCUCGUGCUCCUCCUGCUCACAGAAUGGCUCCUCUGACGGCUCUCUGCCUAAUGGCUGUAAUCAGGAAAGGGCUCCCUUAAAGCUCCUUUGUGACACCAUGAAGUACCAGAUAAUCUCCCGUGCUUUCUAUGGAUGGCUUGCAUACUGCCGUCAUCUGUCUACAGUUCGGACCCACCUUUCUGCUCUAGUCAACACCACUAUAGUUGACCCUGAUGUGCCCUGUUCUGCCCAAGGAGGCCUCACUGUCGAGGUCUGGGACAGGUUCCUCAAGGACAGCUCUGCCUACGAGGAAAAGGAGAUACACAGGCUUGUGUAUUUUGGUGGUGUGGCUCCUUCACUACGCAAAGAGGUCUGGCCCUUCCUGUUGGGACACUAUCAGUUCACCAUGACUGAAAAAUGCCGGCAAGAGAUUGAUGAGCAGAUGCAGACCAUGUAUGAGCAGACUAUGAAGGAGUGGCAGGGUUGUGAGGCCAUUGUUCGUCAGCGGGAGAGAGAAAAACAUGCAGAGGCCCUUGCCAGAUGUUCGUCUGGAGCCAGUGUGGAAAGAGGACCAGUGCAGCGGGACUCCACCAUCAGUACAGAUUCGUCUUUAAGCAGCAGCUCAGAUCAACAGAAUACCCACUCACAAAGUGAUUCCAGCAACAGCGCACAGGUAUUUGCAUCAGUUGAGGCAGUGGAUCAUAUUGAGUCUGAGCCAAGGGCUGAUGAGGGAGAAGUUCAGCUCAGCCCAAAGGACAUCACAAGUGGCACUGCAGAUGCCUCACAACUUCCCUCCUGCAACCCCUCAUCCCCAGGUCUGUCAAAUCAGCAUCCAGGGUCAGAAAACAGCCCUCUUGUAAAAGAGUUAGAUGGAUUAGAGUUAGAUGUUGGAUCUCAGCAGUCAAUGGAAGCAUCAGAAGUCUUAAAGGAGAAAACCACAACUGGAUCACAGCCUGGAGGGGAGGACGUAAUGGACCCAGAAGUCAAGGGUGAGGUUUCAGAGUCAAAGGUGGAGACAGUUUCAGAAAGUGAGGAGGUUAAAGACUGCGGAAUCAGUAAGUCACAUGAGACAUCUGAAUCCAAUGAAAAAGCUGAAGAAAAACAUAUAACAACAGAUGAGCAAACUGAAGAUUUAAAAGCAGUAGAAACAAAUGUGAAUUUAAGAUCUGUUCCAGAGAAAACUAACGUUCUAAAGCUAGAAACGGAGAUUCGCAAUGAAUAUUUCCAAGCACCUCCUCUGGGGCAGACGUUGACUUUUCAAGCACACAAGAGCAAAUCUGAUCUGAAAGUGGACCCUUUAUGUCCACCUACAGCAGAAAAAGACUUUUUGCCAAGUGAUGUAAAGCCAGAACCUGAAACAACUUCUGAAAGAAGCCCAUCACAAGUGUCAAAGGCCUUCACCACAGAGUCAGAGCGAAAGGAUGUUGGAGCAACAAUUUGUGACUGGGCUGAAACCAAAAAAGUUGCAGAUAUUCCACCUGAGAAACUUGGUUCAAAUUCCCCUGUCAGACAGGUACUGAAUGCUCUUCAGUCAUUAUCAUCCCACUCUCGGCAAUCGCCAGAUACAGCAGAUUCUGAUGACUCUCCUUCUGCCCUGGAAAUGGAGGACAUUCCUGCAGGGAUAACGUGUGUGACCUCUGAGGAUAUCAAAGCCAGGCCUUUGGCAGGCCUUGCUGCACCUCCUGUCUCAUUUGCACAAAGAGAAAAAAUGGCAUCAGUGGACCUUGUCCUAGAUCACCAUCUGGACACAGCCUGUAACACCAGUCCUGAGGGCACUGACCUGGGCCUUUCUGAAGAGGAGCCCGAGAUGGAAAACAUGCUUACUGAACCAGAGCCUGCAGAGGUGGGAGGAGACCCCAAACAUGAUGAAUCCUCUGAAGAACAAACCUAUUCUCAAGAAACACUAGACAUGUACUUGAUCAAUUUACAUCGCAUCGACAAAGAUGUCAGACGUUGUGACAGAGCAUACUGGUACUUCACUCCUGAGAACCUGGACAAGCUGCGAAACAUCAUGUGCAGUUACGUGUGGCAGCAUCUGGAUACCGGUUAUGUCCAGGGAAUGUGUGAUCUGCUGGCUCCUCUACUGGUUAUUCUGGAUGACGAGGUCAUGGCAUUUAGCUGCUUCACUGAACUGAUGAAGAGGAUGAACCAGAAUUUUCCUCACGGAGGUGCCAUGGACUCACACUUUGCCAAUAUGCGCUCUCUUAUCCAGAUCCUUGACUCUGAGCUGUUUGAACUGAUGCAGCAGAAUGGAGACUACACUCACUUCUACUUCUGUUAUCGCUGGUUUCUGCUUGACUUCAAAAGAGAAAUGGUGUACGAUGAUGUGUUCUCUUUGUGGGAAACAAUCUGGGCUGCCAAGCACACCUCCUCUGAGCACUUUGUACUCUUUGUUGCUCUGGCGCUUGUGGAGAUGUAUAGAGACAUUAUCCUAGAAAACAACAUGGACUUCACAGACAUCAUCAAGUUCUUUAAUGAAAUGGCAGAGCGACACAACGUCCCGCAGGUCCUGAUGAUGGCUCGAGAUUUGGUCCACAAAGUGCAGACGCUCAUAGAAAACAAGUGAUGCAGGACUCUGCUGUUCGGCUGCUCUGCUGCUGCUGCUCCCAAGUUUCCUUUGUGCUAAAUUGUUUGGCGAUCCUGACGCAACCACAUAAUAGUCAUGUAUACAAGUGGAAAGGAAUCAAUGUUAAUGAAGUAAGUACAAAAAAGACCAAUGGUCAGUAAGACAACUCGUUAUUUUAAGAUAGUUGUGUAACAACGUCUUUACAGUUGCUCCUCUCUAUAUUAAGGAGACGGAACUAUUGCCAGUAAAUUUAUUUUUAAACGUGAUUGCUCACUUCGUGAAUGUACCCUCGUUGAGACUGCUUUGGGAUGUUAUUUAUUUUGCCUUAAAUUUAGCUGUUUUUUCAGGGAUUCAGCAACCAAAUUCUUCACCGUAUUGUUACAUAUUCUAAAAGGUUGAUUUUGCUCAGUUGUGCCCGCCAUACAUGUCGUGACACACUUGAAUAUCUUUUCAGUAUUAUUAAAAUUUCACUGAAAGUGUAGCUACCAUGUUGUGAUGCACUUAUAAUAUAUUUUCAGUAAUAAUAUCUGGCAUUUUUAGAUUACCUGGUCUUGUAAACAUUAGAGGUUCAUUAGAGGAGGUUGUAUCCAAGUAGCAUGUGUGGUUUGUUUCUCAAAAAGCCAUUUUGAGGACCACUUACAGGCUUCUCUGAGGCUUGAUGGUCCUCUUCCUCUGUUUGCCUCUGAUGCACACAAGCUUGCAGGAUAACCAGACAUACCUGUGAAAUCUGUGCAUGAUUGCACAUAGUUUGCAUAUACAGUUUCACCCUAUGGUCCUGGUACUCAACCAAGUUGUCAUGGUGUGUGAUCCUAUCUCUGACCUCCUCUAUGCAUUUAUGAAGUGUGAUUUUACUUCACACUUUGACCCCUCUGCAAACUUUUAUUUCUGUGCGGACCAGUGCUUUUCUGGAGCCAACUUAUUCAAAUGGUUAAAGCAAUGUUUUCACCUCACCUUCAUCUCCUGCUUCUCAUGACAUCAGCUGAGCUGCUGCAAUGGUUGAUUUGAAUUCGAGGGGAUGUACGGUGAAAGCAGCUUCGUUUGGACUCUGAACUUCCCUGUUUCACUUUCACCUUGAAAUCAGUUUACUGCCUCUGUCUUUCCCUGCUGUUCUUGGUUGCCUUGUCUUCAAUACACUUUCAUUUUACAAACAAUUAAUUGUUUUGUAUGCUUAUACCUUUGCAAAACAAGUCUUACAAUAAUUGUUAAUGUGUCUUGGGGUAACUGCAUAUCUCUUCAUUAUAACCUCAAGAUCCCCUAUAUACUCCAGGAGUUUUGCUGGCACUCAUUUGAAAAUUCAUUCAUGGGUUUACUUUGGCUUGUCUCUUAUCUUAUUCAACACCUUUCCCCAGUUCUGUUUUCUUUCCUUUCCUGUAAAGCUAUUGUUUACCAGCUUCAUUUAAGUUUAAGUUUUUUUGGUACCCUUCCGGUGCUUGGAGGGAGCUAAUUUUUUGGCCAAAAUGCAUUGGCCACCAGGUUUACUACUGCACACCUCUUAGCCCAAGAGUUUCAGUUCAUUAUACUGUAUCACAGUGCUGCUCAAAGUGUCAUGACCUCAGUAUCUUGUAAAUUUGAUUUUCUUGAAGCCCUGGGUUUUCAGUCUAGUAGGUACCAGAGGGUCAACUUAUUACAUAUAAAGAGUCGGUUCAGUGGUAGGUAGUCAGUGGCAUGUAGCCAUGCAGCUAUUUUCAGUUUUAUGUGUGUAAGUUUUGAGAAAUACACCAUUGAAUCUUCCACUGCUGAUCUGAUACAGCGGUACUGAACAGAAUGUCAACUGUUCAACUGAAAAUUAACAUUUAAUGAACGUGUCUUUCCAGAAACAAUUCUAACGUAAUAUCAUUCCAGGUGCAUAUCCCAAAAUCUCCAUCUACAUGGCUGGAUACCAGCAUAGCUAUGUCAGAAAAUGAUUUAUCGAUGCAAUGAUAAAAUAGCCAACACACACCAUGUUUGGUUCACUGUGGCUUUAAUUCCGGUGUUUGGAUAUCACUGCUAAUGUGUCUCCAUAUGAUCUUCUAAAACAUGCCUGAGUAUUGCUGUUUGUGUAUUACUGUGUUUGUUGUCAGAAGAUUUACUGCAUACAAUGUAUUAAAAAGAAAAUGAGCUUAUAGUACCUAUUUAUUAAAUGCAAUACAAUGUCUAUAUAUGGGCUUUAUCUGAUUAUAAUGAACAGAAAGAUCAGAAAGAUAAAAAUAUACCACUGGAAAUAAAUCUAUUUUUAUUUUUUUUCUGUCUUCUCAAAUUGUCAUCUGGUAUAAUUAAUUUAUUGUGUAUUA